AUGGGGUUUAUUUGCCCAUGUGUGGAUGCAGUACAUCCGGAGAGAAUAUCUAAGAAAGAUGAUAUAAAGAAGAAGAAUAACGGAAUAUCUUCUGGAUCAGAGAGUGAAUCAGAUAGUGAUGAUGUAAGAGACAGCAUUGAGAUACCAAAGAAUUUCUUAACUAGAGGGCCCAGAACAAGUGUGAGCGCUGAAGCUUACGGUGCAUGGAACAAAAUGAAAGAUUUUACUCCUCCAAACUAUCCAAAAACAAAGGAGCAGGAGAGACGCAUCCGUGAAAAGCUAUUGGAAAGUUUUAUGUUCACAAGUUUGGAUGAGGAAGAACUAAACACAGUAAUUUUGGCAUGUGUGGAAACUCCAGUAAAGAAGGGUACGGAAAUUAUAACUCAGGGUGAUAAUGGAGACAAACUAUAUAUAAUAGAUCAAGGAACCGUGGAGUGUUACAAGAAGACUAGUACAGAACCAAGAAAACAUCUUUGCGAUCUAAAUCCAGGUGAUGCUUUUGGAGAACUUGCUUUGUUGUAUAACUGCCCAAGAGCAGCAAGUGUUGUUGCAAAAUCUGAUUGUUUGUUAUGGGCUUUAGAUAGAGAAACUUUUAAUCACAUAGUAAAAAAUUCAGCAUCUAAGAGAAUUAACACCUACGAAACCUUCCUUAAAGAAGUAGAGAUACUAAAGACGAUGGAUGUUUAUGAGUUAAAUAAACUAAUUAUGGUUUUAAAAAAUUUGGUUUUUGAGGAUGGACAAGAAAUUAUUAAACAAGGAGAACAAGGUGACACGUUUUAUCUAAUCAUUACAGGCAAUGCAGUAGCUCUUAAGGACAAUGUUGAGGUAAUGAAAUAUAAGAGAGGUGACUAUUUUGGAGAGUUGGCUCUCUUGAGAAAUACUCCAAGAGCUGCCACAGUCAAGGCACAAGGAAGGUGCAAAGUUGCUUAUCUAGAAAGAAAGGCAUUCAAGAGACUUUUAGGCCCUAUUGAAGACAUUUUAAAGAGAAAUACAGAUAAGUACAAGACAGUAAUUAAAAAAAUCACCACAAAGGUAUGA